GAAGAAGGAUCCGGAUCCAGCGUUGAGUCCAUUAUACCGCAGCUGGCUCCACUAACAAUCAUUUUGUACCGCUGGAAGACAAAAACACGUGUUUCUAUGUAGUCUGCGGCCUCCAGGACCAGCUGUCUGACCCGGUUUAUAGACCAGAACCAUGGACUGGACCGAGACCAGUCGGGCCCUGGUGCUGUGGUGCGUUUUGGUGUCGCUCUGCUGCGUCGGACUCCCACAAAAGGGGUUUUGCAGCGCCAGCACGGUCUCCCUCCCUGAAAGCCUGCUCUUUGUGUCCACGCUGGAUGGAAACCUGCACGCUGUUAGCAAGAAAUCCGGCUCUAUCAAGUGGACUCUGAAAGAAGAUCCAGUUCUUCAGGUCCCCACACAUGUGGCAGAACCGGCCUUUCUGCCCGACCCCAACGAUGGCAGCCUGUACUCCCUGGGAGGAAAGAACAACGAAGGCCUCACAAAACUACCGUUCACCAUCCCUGAGUUGGUCCAGGCUUCUCCCUGUCGCAGCUCUGAUGGCAUCCUGUACAUGGGUAAGAAGCAGGACUUGUGGUACGUGGUGGACCUGUUGACUGGUGAGAAGCAGCAGACCCUCACUUCCUCCUUCGCUGAGAUGCUCUGUCCCUCUUCUUCUCUUCUCUAUCUGGGACGCACAGAGUACACCAUCACCAUGUAUGACACCAAAAGCAGAGAGCUGCGCUGGAACGCCACCUACUCCGACUACGCCUCCACCCUUCCUGACGACGACACCAAAUACAAAAUGGCCCAUUUUGUGUCUAACGGGGACGGGCUGGUGGUGACUGUGGACAGCGACUCGGGAGACGUCCAGUGGGUUCAGAACUACAACUCUCCGGUGGUGGCCAUGUACAUCUGGCAGCGCGAGGGGCUCCGCAAGGUUUCCCACACUAACGUCGCCGUGGAAACGCUGCGUUACCUCACGUUCAUGUCUGGAGAAGUCGGGCGCAUCACCCAGUGGAAAUACCCGUUCCCAAAGGAGAACAAGCCCAAGAACAAGUUCAUGGCCACCCUGUAUGUGGGUAAAUACUCCACCAGCCUGUAUGCGUCUCCUUCUCUGGUGCACGACGGAGUCACUGUGGUGCCUCGUGGCAGUACGUUCCCCAUGCUGGAGGGUCCCGACAGCCCGGACAGCGAAGAGGACAAGGAGUGUGUGAUCACUCCGAGCACCAGCGUCAAGUUCAACGAUGCACUCCGGAAGAGAAACCGCAUCAACUUCAUGAGGAAGUCUCUGCUGCUCAUAGGUCACCAUGAGACGCCUCUUGAAGCUCACACCAAGAUCCUGGAGAAGUUCCCCGACAGCUUCCCCCGUAACCAUGGCAACGUCAUCCCACCGACCACUGACAAGAAGGUGGAGGAGAAGGUGAAUGAUAGCGGGAUGGACGACGGGCCCUCUGCUCCUCCUCCUGAAACCUCCAUCCAGGAGCCCGGGGUCAGCGGGCGCUCCAUGCGUCCAGAGGCCCCGGUGGACUCCAUGCUCAAAGACAUGGCCACCAUCAUCUUCUCCACCUUCCUCCUGGCCGGCUGGGUGGCUUUUGUGAUCACCUACCCCAAAAGCGUCCACAAGCAGCAGCAGCUGCAGCACCAGGAGUUCCAGCGGCAGAUGGAGGAGCGGUUGGAGCUGCUCCAGAGGCAGCAGCCCUUCCCUCCUGCUGACGGGGCCCUUGGUUUGGCCCCUGACACCGACUACCUGGAGGUGGCUCGUACUCGCUCCGAAUGCUCCGACAACAGCAGCCCCAACAUCACGCCCCGAGCCUCCAACCACUCCAACCUGUCGCUGUCGGAGCUGGGCAGCUCCGCCAACGAACAUGAGGAUGGAGAAGAAGAUUCCAGUGUUGUUCGAGUGGGCAACAUAACUUUCCGUCCCAAAGAGGUGCUGGGUCACGGAGCUGAGGGAACCAUCGUCUACAGGGGUCAGUUUGACAACCGUGCGGUGGCGGUGAAGAGAAUUCUCCCAGAAUGCUUCAGCUUUGCGGACCGUGAGGUUCAGCUGCUGAGGGAGUCAGACGAGCAUCCCAACGUGAUCCGAUACUUCUGCACCGAGAGAGACCGCCAGUUCCAGUACAUCGCCAUCGAGCUGUGUGCUGCUUCACUGCAGGAGUAUGUAGAGAAGAAGGAUUUCAACCGUCACGGACUGGAGCCAGUUAUUCUUCUCCAGCAGACGAUGUCGGGACUCGCCCACCUGCACUCUCUCAACAUAGUCCACAGAGACCUGAAGCCCCACAACAUCCUGGUGUCGAUGCCCAACGCCCACGGCCGGGUCCGGGCCAUGAUCUCAGACUUCGGCUUGUGUAAGAAGCUGGCGGUGGGUCGCCACAGUUUCAGCAGGAGGUCCGGGGUCCCGGGCACUGAGGGCUGGAUCGCCCCGGAGGUCCUCAGUGAGGACUGUAAAGACAACCCGACGUGUGCUGUGGACAUCUUCUCUGCUGGCUGUGUGUUUUACUACGUGGUGUCUGAGGGAAGUCAUCCCUUUGGGAAGUCUCUGCAGAGACAGGCCAACAUCCUGCUGGGGACAUACAGCCUGGACCUCCUGCAGACGGACAGACACGAGGACAUCGUAGCGAGAGAUCUGAUGGAGCAGAUGUUGAGCAUGGAGCCCCACAGGAGGCCUUCAGCUGACAGCGUUCUCAAACACGCUUUCUUCUGGAGUCUGGAGAAGGAGCUGCAGUUCUUCCAGGAUGUGAGUGACAGAAUAGAAAAGGAGCCGCUGGACGGACAGAUAGUGAGACAGCUGGAGAGAGGAGGACGAGCUGUAGUCAAGAGUGACUGGAGAGAACACAUCACUGUUCCUCUGCAGACAGAUCUGCGAAAGUUUCGCUCCUAUAAGGGCGGGUCAGUCAGAGACCUGCUGCGUGCGAUGAGAAACAAGAAACAUCACUACCGAGAGUUGCCUGCGGAGGUCCAGGAGACUCUGGGCUCCAUCCCUGAUGACUUUGUGUCUUACUUCACCUCCCGCUUCCCCCACCUGCUGAUGCACACAUACCUGGCCAUGAGGACCUGUGCAUCUGAGAGGCCAUUCCUGCCUUACUACUCUACUGCAGAGCAGCUCGCAAAAACACACACUCAGCACACACAACAUGGGCCGCAAAGACAAAACGAGUCAUGCACUCAACACCCGCCAACACAAACACAAGCCCCGGAACCUCCAGAUUCUCCUCCGGUGCAGGUUCCUCACAUAACUCCUGCAGAACCGGUGGCCUCUCCUGCACCAGAUGAGCCUGAACCUCCACAUCUGGAGCCACACACUGACUCCCACAGUCACACAAACCCAACAUCUGCCUCGGAGUCGCCUGCAGAUCCUCCCAUUCAAAGAGAAUCCAGUCAGUGUGAGACGCACACACCGCCAGAUCCUUGCACACUGGAUCCCGAACCAGUGUAGAGCCGAUCCAGACUCAGGUGGACCCAGCACAGAACGGGAGCUUUGCCUUCAAGAGUGGACACCAAGUGGGUCUCAGUUGCGGCACCGUGAGCUGGUGAGGACCAGGCCUGCAGCGCCUGGGAUCCGCCGCUCGCUGCUGCAGCUGCACCCUUAACUAAGUGCCUUCUGCUCGCGUCGGUUAAAAAGUUCCCCAACAGAACCGUCCACACGUCUGUCCCUGCCCGGAGGAAGUCACGAUAACCAACGGGGUGUUAUCGAACUUUACGUCGUAGCUGGAACUGAGCAAAGAUGAAUUUUUUUAUUUUAAAAACGGCAUGUCCAAAAAAAAAGUGUUUGUCCCUGUAGAACCUUAUAAUGUCAUAAAUUCCCGAUAAUGUACUAAAAAUCUGCACUUGAGUCCAUUGAAAAUGUAAUGAAACCUGAUAAUGUAAUAACUUCCCGACAAUGUAAUAAAGUGCAUUUCCCAAAAAUAUAAUAC